CUUGUUCAUUGUUUACGUGACGUGGUGGUACUAGUUAGUGGUUAUUGCCGGUUGCGUUGAAGUGAAACGUAUAGUAGUUUCAAACUGUUUUGUUUAGUUGGUUCUUGUAAUUUUUAGGAAAAAAAACGUUACAGCCAUGUGGCACUCUACAUUUGACGAUGUGCGACGGAUGAAUAAACGACAGUUUCUGUAUCAAGUGUUAAGUUUUGGUAUGAUCGUUUCGUCCGCGUUGAUGAUGUGGAAAGGAUUGAUGGUUGUAACAGGCACUGAAAGUCCGAUUGUGGUUGUACUCAGUGGUAGCAUGGAGCCAGCAUUUCACAGGGGGGAUUUAUUAUUUUUAACCAAUUACCGUGAUGAACCAGUCAGGGUAGGAGAUAUUGUUGUCUUUAAAGUUGAGGGUAGGGAUAUUCCAAUUGUACACAGAGUACUUAAGCUACAUGAACUGAAUGAUGAAGAAAAUACUGUUAAAUUUCUGACGAAAGGUGAUAAUAACUCUGUUGAUGAUAGAGGUUUAUAUGCAGCUGGUCAGUUGUGGCUAACGCAUAAAGAUGUUGUUGGUAAAGCAAAGGGUUUCUUACCAUAUGUGGGAAUAGUCACUAUAUAUAUGAAUGAGUAUCCCAAAUUGAAAUACUCAGUGCUGAUGUUUUUGGGAAUGUAUAUUUUUGUACACAGGGAGUAAGCAUAUUCCACAUAGGAAAUUAUGUAAAAUAGACUGAUUGAAUCUAUCUAUUGAAGAAAAGUGCAUUGUAAGAUUAAGUGCUGAUUGGUUAUUCAAAUACAUAUGUAGAGCUGUGUACAAUAUGA